UCAUGAUGCUUUGGUCCGUGCGCCCUGAAGAAGACUCUGCUACGGAGGUCGUUGUUUCCAGCUAGAUACACCUGAACCGAGCAGCUGCCAUGGAAACAGACUGCACGGAGGAGGCUGGUAGGAACAGGUCCCAGUCUGUGAUCUGCAGGCAACGCAAGGAAAGCGACCAGCAGCAGGAGGAAAACACUGCGGGAGAACGGCUGUCCGGAUGGAGUGAUGCCUCUGCUGCAGCUGUGGAGCAGCAGCAGCCUCAGGCCCCCCCUGGCAAGCUGAAGAAAACUGCCUUCAAGCUGUUCGGAGGCAAGAGGAGCAUAUGUACACUGCCGAGUUUCUUUGGGGGCAGAAACAAAGGCCAAGGGAAAGGAGCCUCCAAAAAGGGGCUCAGUAAGAGCAAGACCCAUGAUGGGAUCAGUGGUGCUGCGUAUGAGGAGAGCAGCAGGGUGCAGCUAGAAAACCAUGUGAGCGGAAGCAGGGAUUCGCAUCCUUGUCCACUGCCGAGCUCCCAAAGCGCUCAUGUGGCCAUAGACAGCAGUGUCAAGGUUGAUUUCAGCAGGCAGGACAGCUCUCCACCAGGGAGUAUUGAGGGCUGUGAGAAGAAAACCAAUGGGGACAAGUCAUUGUCCUUUCCCAGGCCAAAAAAAGGCCUGAAAGGAUUUUUGAACAGCAUCCGGCGCCACCGUAAGAGCAAAGCUGCUGAGUGUGAGAAAACAGAGCUCCCUGGGUGGAGCGAGGAUGCAGAGGAGGCCAAGAAAGCUCAAGGCAUGGGAGCUGAAGCCCAACGAGUUCCAGAAGAAGGGGGACUGAGACCUGCCCCUCUCGCCUGCCCAGAGACCUCUGAGGACAGCUGCUCUGUGGGCACAACAACCAACCUUGGAGAGGCUGCUGAGCCAGACUGGCUCCUGGCUGAUAAAGGCAGCUCUGAGGAAGAUGCAGCAGUGGCACCUAUGAACAAGGAUAUUCUAGAUGCAAAAUUGGAGGCUGAUGCUGUUGUCUGCACAGAGUCUGAUUACAGCCACCUCCCUGGGGCCCUUCAUGCCGACUUCGCAGACAACGACCCUCCUUCAUUACACUCUGGGGACCAGAUAAGCCUUAUCUUUGGAGAUGUCACAUCCCUUAAGAGUUUUGAUUCCCUCACAGGGUGUGGGGACAUCAUCGCUGAGCCUGACAUUCUCAGCAUUGCUGAGAGCACGAUCUCUGUGGAGCGCAGCAGGGAUGCUGCUAAACGGAGCUCCUGCCUCGUCACAUACCAGGGAGGUGGGGAGGAGAUGGCCAUGCCUGAGGAGGCAGAGGAAUACCUCCAGCAGGUGUGGGACGGCACUGCUGAAGGUGAUAGGAGCUAUGAUGCCCAACUGCCUCCAGCUGGAAGCAGUCAUGAACCACCAGUGGUGAGUAGCAAGUUAGACGCCCAUGGUUUGCAUGAGGUGGAAGCCCACCCUUAUGCAGUGGGGGGGAUGGAUGACGUGGAACUCCUGACACCCCAGAGUGACCAGCAGGAGUCUGCACCCAACAGUGAUGAGGGUUAUUAUGACUCCACCACGCCAGGGCCAGAUGAUGAAGCUGGAGAUGGGCUUGGUGAGAUCAAGAAGGAUCGUCUGCCCAGAGACAGUUAUAGUGGCGAUGCACUUUAUGAGUUUUAUGAGCCUGAUGACACACUGAUGAGCCCCUGUCAGGGUGAAGAAUCCCUUUUUGAGAGCAAAGUGUCUCAUCCAGAGAUCUUUGACUACUUCUUAGACUUCUGUCUCCCUGCUGAGAAGAGCCUGAUCCAGAUGAUGGGUCAGAAAAGUGGAGUUAUGGAAACAGAAGAAGAGCGGCUAGCUGCCAUUCAGAAAGAGUUGCUAUACUGGGAGCUGCAAAGGGAACCAGUCUUGAAGCGACUUGAUGUUGCCAGCAAAGAGAAGUGUCCCAGGGAAAAGCAAAAUGUUGAAUGUAAAACUAGAGCAGCCAACUUGAUUGGCAAAAAUCAGAGUUGCCUUGGUAGUGAGCAGUUUGCCUCUCAAGCUUCAAACAGAAGUGGGAGUAGUGGGGUUUCAGUGGCUAGGAUUGAAAAUCCAGAGUGGAGGGAUUUUCCAGGGACCUUAUGUCCAGAAAACUGCUACAACAGCCAAAAAGCCCAAGGAAGUGGCCUUAUUCAGCUCAUGAAAAACAACAGUACAUAUGAUUCUGGCCUGGAUCACGUGGUGUUUAGUGGUUCUCCCCAUGGUGGCUUAGCCCCAGGCAAAACAGGGACAUUCCCCAGCUACAGAACCCGUGAGCAUGAUAGCUGUUUGCAAAGUGACCACCACAAAGGGGUAGAAACUGCUGCCAGGGAACCCCAGGUAGAAAGCGAAUGUGAACCCGAACAUGCUGUUAACUUCUCCCAAGCUCUAGUGGAGUUCACCAGCAGCGGGACCCUCUUUUCCAGCCUCUCUGAGAGCCUUGGUAGUUCUGACUCUGGCUCUUCCUUCACUCAGAACCUCCCUGUGCUCCCGACCAUGGUCACGUUUGACAUUGUUGAUGUGGAGCAGGAGGGAGAAGGGGAGUGUGAGCAGCAUCUGGAGAUGAACGCUGAUGAGGACAUUGCAGCAUCCUUUGAUGCCUUUGACGACAGCUACAUACAGAAAGAGUCAUUUGCUGAAUGUGACGAGAGAAUGUUUCCAGGAUACCCCCACGGCUCCUUCCAGAGCUGUAACUGGGGUGUUGCCAGCCUUCCCCGCCACCUGCGUCUGCACGGGCUGAGCCCUUCCAUGCCAGCACCGCUGUCCAUUAACAGGAGGAGCAGGUCACUGGACACAGAGAGCCUGGAGUUUGAACUUGCCGACCUGCAGGUUUCCAAGAACGGCCUUAAGCCUUGCCAGCUUUGGUCUAAAUGGGGCAGUGGCAAAAAGGGCUCUAAUGGAGCGAGGAAGAGCCGUAGCAAAGGGGAUGCUGAGUCCUCUGCUCCUGAAGGUGGAGAGGUUGAUGGUGUGCUGAGCUGGCCAGGCUUGCAGCAUCUCCAGUAUGACACUGAUCUGGCUUCUGAGAGGAUGAAGCAUUGGGGGUUUGCUCCAGCUGUGAGAGAUGCUGUGAUAGAGAGCGCUUGGGAGCCAUCCGAGCAGCCAGACAUGGAUCCCCCCUUUCUGUCUCAUUCCCAAAACAACCCUAGAGAGAUUUUGGACAGGAGGCCCCAAGAGGCGGAGCCCAGCAAGCAUCUGGUCCGACCAUCCAAUCUGCCUCUGCAGACGGAUACUAGACAGUCCCAGGAGGUGUCCGAUCCCUAUCGGUAUCACGGAGAAAUUGUGGCCAAAAAGCUUGCUCGUGUGUUACCGCUGGGAGAAACGGAGUGCGAUUCACCGCAGGGCUUCAGUUUUGCUCAGGCCCCAGAGAAACCGGCCAAGUGCAAACCUGUCGGUGUCGCGCAGGGAGUGCCCCAGUUUCACGAUGACACCACUGAAACCUUAAAAAGCUUCGCAGAGCUGCACGGCAGCGGCGGCAGGGAGCUGCUGAAGGGCCGGGCCGCGCAGGGCCACGCGCUGCCCGCGGGCUGUCACAGCACUACAGUGAAUGUAACAGUAGCCAAAUAG